AUGGCCGAGCAACACGUCUCGCUGCAACUCCCUGACACGCCCGGUAGUAGACAACGGCCCUUACAAAUGGCGGUGCGACGGAACCGCGGCCGAACAGCAAGAGCGUGUUUGCAGUGCCAUACGAGGAAGCAGAAGCAGAGACCGGGAGCCUUAGCCUACUUUCUCACUUUGGAGAACUUCUCUGACGCCUGGCGACAGUGUAACGGAUCUACACCGUGUCAGAACUGUGUUUCCCGAAACGUAACACAUCUCUGCACGCCUCCCCCACCACGGGGGCCAUCUCAACUCCCAUCUACGAACAUUGCAGAUUCUGGGCGGUCGAAGCGGAGGAGGCAGCAUUCCCUUCCGGAUCCACAGGGGAGAACAACCCCCCUGUCCGCUCCAUCGCGACCGCAACCAAAUGCCACGGUUGCCGAUGACCAGGCAGAUGAUGGAGAGAACCAACCGGUGGACGAAAGCCUGUUUGAAGAAAGAAGCGAGCCAGUGAGCAAGACGCAAGAGAAAAGUCUCCAAAUUGGACAGCUGUGGAAGUCACGCGGCGCACCGACAUUCUUCGGCAGUUCAUACUUUGGACCGCAGGUAGCUGCUGCGCUGCUCGACUCUCAGGCGCCGUAUGUUCAGCCGGGAGCCAAUACGUCGCGACGAAGCAUGAACGCCCGCCCUUUUCGUGAUGAAGCGGGGCCUUUUUCUCAGUUAUGGGAUCUACUCGGUCUCCUGCCACGUCAAAAGUCCACGGUGGACAGACUGGUCGAUCUUUUCCUAGGAAAUGUGAGCUGGAACAUGGAUGCUGUCCAUCCGUCGUCUUUCCGCAGGGAGUAUGAUCGCUUUUGGUCCCGAAAGGCGGGCUAUGAUGACGUGACGACGGUCGACAUUCGUUGGCUAGCACUGCUGUUUAUGGUUUUAGCCAUCGGGGCAUAUCUAGACUGCCCACGCAGCGCGGCUCCCGAGACACAGAGGCAGUAUGAAGAAUCCUCGCUCAGUUUCUUCUGGGCUAGCAGAAAAGCCAUUGUCAUAGCUCCAUCCUUCUACGGAGAGAGCUCGGAUUUGGUUCGUGCCGGCAUCUUGGUAACCCGUUACUGUCUAUUCUCCCAACGUAUUACCGAGAGCUGGCUUACAGUCGGCUUUGCGGCACGAUUAGCUAUAGCCCAAGGAUUCCACAUUGAUGGCACAAACUGGCGGCUUCCUCGCCGCGUCAUAGAAACUCGACGAAGGCUUUGGUCACAUGUAUAUCUCCUAGAUCGCAUGACCGCCCUUGCCCUCGGACGACCAUACUCAAUUCUAGAUGCACAGUCAUUAACCUGCGUCCCAGAGAAUGUCUUUCUUGACGACCUUGCGGAUGAAGAAGCGAUCACAGUGACCGCAAAACCUAUCGAGACGAGCCCAACUCCUGCCGUCCUAGCCAUUUUCUCUAUUGGCCUCGCGAAGAUCAUUGGGCGAAUCCAAGAGCAGACUUUUAGCAUCCGUGCCGCGACAUAUCGCCAGGUAAUGCAAUUAGACGCGCAGUUGGUUGCUUGGAGAUCUGCGCUCCCUGGAUAUUUGGCCUUCGAGAAUCCAGACCUGUCGCUAGACUCAAACUGCUCUUACCUGCGUUGGCAUCGACUCUAUCUACAAACGGCCUUUCAUUUCGCAAGAAUUACCUUGCAUCGACCGUAUAUCUGGCGAUCAUCGAUAACUGAUCAACACGCAUUCAGUCGCGAUGUAUGCUUCACGUCCGCCUGCGCCGAUCUCAAGACUCGUCUUGACCAUGACGAUAAUUGUGGGCCUGCUGAGCACUAUGCUUGGUGCCUCGGUACGCCACAGCUAUUUAACAGUGCUAUUGUCCUUGGUGUGCUUGCAAUUCAGGAGCAAUCUCGAGGCACACGCGACGUUGAUGCCGUCGUCAAUGAUCUUCAGUCGUACUGCGAUAAGCAGAAGCACGAGAUGUGGAUCAAUGAUUUUCGCUUGGCGGAGGUAAAAGUAGUCGAAAUGUGCAUUGAAAAGCUGAAGAGGUCGUCCAAAGCCAAACAACCCUCGACUUACGGCCGCAUUGGAAAUUUGGAAGCCGGGGGGAGCGGCUUGAGAACAACAAGGGGCGAGGCGCAUAGGCGAAACAACAAUCACGAAGAAAAUCCCCAGCCAGCCACGGUUACAUCUCCCCAGCAGACACAGAUUUUCUCAACCGGCCCCGAAGCUUUGCAACCCCAUCUACACCAGUCCCUGGCCCUAGGAUGGGACGUGGAUACCACUAUGUGGCUACAUAGCCCUCAGGUUUCAGGAGCCUUCACAUUCCCAGGCCCGACUGAUCUAGCAACUUGGCAGGACAUGAUUGAAAUCAUAGGAGGGAACGAACUCGGUAUAAAUGGCGUUUCAUGA